AAGUGCAGUGCGCCUCCCUCCACCGCGGUUAACGUGAGCAGAGCUUCAUACUGACAGCAGCUCUCCGGGGUGAACACAGUUCGCUUGAUUAAGCUGCAGGAACCGGCACAUAUUGAUUUCCUUUUUGAAUAUAGGGGUGAAUGUGUUGAUCACACCUAUUUUUGAGGUCUGUGCUCUUCCCCCGAAUUCCAUUGAUUCCAUUUCAUCUCAGGACAUUGGCUUUUAACUAGAUUUCAUGUCUUAUGUUAACCAUUGGAUUCUACCAAGAGGUGAGAGGAUUGAUAAUUGCUAUUUUUAAACACCGAUACACUUCCCUUUAACCGGACGCUACUUUCAUUCUCGGACAUCUCAAACGAAUUCGACUAAUUCAAGGCUUGUGGAAUAGGUUUUCUACAGUAGGACCAUGCUGCUAAGUUUGUGUACUCUGAUGACAUUUGUAUGGGGUCUACCCGGCAUUUCUGCAUCGUACGUUCCCUGUGAGCCAUGCGAUCAGAAGGCGCUGUCCAUGUGUCCACCGGUGCGGAUGGGGUGUCAGGUGGUGAAGGAGCCCGGCUGCGGAUGCUGCUUGACCUGCGCACUGACCGAGGGCCAGGCGUGUGGAGUCUACACGGGGACAUGUGGACAGGGACUGCGCUGCCUGCCUCGGAGCGGAGAGGAAAAGCCGCUACACGCUCUGCUUUACGGCAAAGGAGUUUGCAUGAACGAGAAGCUAGGUCUAUACAAACCACUUCAUAUGCCGAAGGAUCAAGAGUCACAUGAAGACGCUCUGGUUCCAGAGGUAAUGGAGGAUCUGCUUCCUCAGGCUAAGGUUCCAUUAUUCCAACGAGACCACAUCAACAGCAAGAAGGCCCACGCCAUGCAAAAGGAUCGGAAGAGACAGCAGGCUAAACUCAGGACAAGGGGUCAUAUGGACUACACGGUCAUCGGAAUGGACAAACAUCAGUCUGACAUUGGUCCAUGUCGAAAAAAGCUGGAUGGGAUUAUCCAGAGGAUGAAGGACACCUCCAGAGUCAUGGCUCUUUCUCUGUACCUUCCCAACUGUGAUAAGAAAGGCUUCUUCAAGCGCAAACAGUGUAAACCCUCCAGGGGGCGCAAGCGAGGCAUCUGCUGGUGCGUAGACAAGCAUGGAGUUCAAAUGCCAGGCACUGAUUUUAAUGGAGGAAACAUCCAGUGUAAAGAUCUUGAAAGCAACGGCAACAACAACGAAUGAGACAACUUCGGUCACGUAACAACAACAACAACAUCACUCACUCUCAUCUACCAUAUUAUGUGAUCUGCCAAUCAUUUCUAAUCUUAAUCUUAAAGAGUCUGACCUUUAUUUGUGGAAAAUCCAUAUUAUAUAAAACAGUCUCUUUUAAAGCACAAUACAAGCAUCAGUUACUGAAUCCUGCAAUUGUCCUCGUUGAUCUUCAUGGGUUGGUGGGAUCUAUCAAGUAUCCUUUGGGAGUCGUGGACUAGUUUCCGCUGUAUCUUAUGUCAUAGACACCUUAGAAAGUCUUAUGAGCUUAAAGAGCGUUAAGGGAUACAAAAAAAUUACAAUUCUGUCGUCGUUUUCUCACCCUUGUGUCAUUUCAAACCUACACUACUGGUCAAAAGUUUUUGAACGGUAAGAUUUUUUUAAUGUUUUUAAAAGAAUCUUACCAUUCAAAAACUUUUAUAUGACACAUUUUCUUCUGUGGAGCAUAAAUAAAAUAUUUUGAAAAAUGUUUUUGCCCAUACAAUGUCAAAAACAACACUGGACCCCAUUUUCUUUAAUUGUACUGUAUAGACAAAAACAUAUUAAUAUUUUAUGGUGCACAGAAGAAAGACACGCAUACAAGUUUGAAAUGACAAUGAUGAAAUAAUUUUGAUUUUUGGGUGAACGAUCCCUUUAAUAUGACUGUUUCAUAUGACUCUGCUUUGGUCCGUGGCACAACACUUCCUCACUGAAAGAGUUCUUGUACAGUCUUCACAGACUCUGUUGUUUUGUUGAACCCUUUCCAAAGAUUUCAGGAAAGUAGUUUAUUGUCUUUGCCACAGUGUUUUGCCAACCUGAACGACAUAGGAAAAUUCAUAUUCUAAUAACCACUGUAAAAACAAACAAAAAAGCCUAUUAAAGAAAGCUAAGCACAACCCCUUAAAAACUUUUAGACAUGUACAAACACGCAGUUUAUAAAGACUCACAAUGGUGACAAACCAACCAGCCAUUUCACUAGUUUUUCAAACUUUAACAGAUCAGGGUCCUUGGGUUCUUAUGGAAAUCUCAGUGCCUUUUUCUACUCAAAUAUUUGAAUACUGAUUUACAUCACGGGCAUCAAAGGGGCCACAAAGGCAAAACACAAACACUGAAAAUGCUGACCUUUAGUUUGCAGGAGUGUAGAUUCAAAAAAGCAAAUUCAAUGUUCUUAAAAAGUAGGCAAAUUGAGAUUAUUUGCAUUAUGAAAAUCCCAUACUCCCAUACUAUUAGGUUUGGGCCAACAGAAUUGAAUUUGGUGCAACCAGUUUUCCUUCUAAUGGUAUAAAAUGUAUGUUCUUUGUGCUUAUGAGAUUAUUUGCAUUGCAUGUGUGACUUCAGAGGCUGACAGCAGUUCAGAAUUGAUUGUAGAAUUAUAGAAAGUCCUCUGUCAUCAGCAUUAGAAGUAAACCAGAUUGACUCACAGUUCAAAGUUUCAGUGAGAUUUUUAAAGGACGAUAUUCCUCUUCUUACUAUUGAGUAACAUGGAAAGGAUUCUGGGGGAGUUCGGCUCACUGUUAUGAGACAAAAAUACAAAGCAGACCAGUGUGACAAGGUUUGUAAGGUGCCUAUAUCUGAAAAUGAUGUGUGUAAAAAAAUAAAAACUGGUCAUUUUUCCAUAACUUUUUCAGUUUAAUUUCUAAUUCAUUUUAAUUGAAUACAUUUUAACAGCUCAUUUAAGCUGAGCCCAAAUUAAGUAAUAUGGGUGGUUAAAAUCUUUGUAUGACAUCUAAAUAUCUUUGUGCAAUAUUUAUUCACCAUGUAAUUUAUGUACUCUUAUUUUUGUCUCUUUUGUAAAGACAAAACAUUUAUUUAAUAAAUAUAUAAAUAUAAAGAUA